GUGUAAAAAAAAAUAAAAAAUUGAAGAAUGUAGAAGAGGAAAAACCUUCAAAAGAAGGCGCAGAAGAAGUAUAGAAACCCAGGCCGGAAAGGUAGUGAAUUUAGCAGAAAAUUGGGAUUGCUGAAACAUCUGGAGCGAAACCCGCGUCGAAUGGCUCGGUCUGAAAACCAAUACCCAGUGGUUCAACAGCAGAGGGUUACAAUACAGAACCAUCAUGGUGAAAAGCUUGUGGGGAUAAUGCAUGAAACAGGCUCUACAGAGAUCGUAAUCGUGUGCCAUGGAUUUCGAUCCUCAAAGGACCGCAUUCCUAUGACAAAUCUUGCUGUUGCUCUAGAAAAAGAAGGUAUCAGUGCCUUCCGCUUUGACUUUGCUGGCAAUGGAGAAAGUGAAGGUGUGUUUCGGUAUGGAAGCUACCACAGAGAAACUGAUGAUUUACGUGCUGUAGUCCAAUACAUUUUGGGGGAGAAACGUUCAAUAGCUGCAAUCGUUGGCCAUAGUAAAGGAGGAAAUGUGGUGCUCUUGUAUGCUUCGAUGUAUAAUGAUGUUUGCAACGUUGUUAAUAUUUCUGGCCGCUUUGAUUUGAAGAGAGGCAUAGAAGGUCGGUUGGGUAAAGACUUUCUAGAACGAAUCAAGCAACAUGGAUUCAUUGAUGUUAAGAAUAGAAGGGGUGAGCUUUCAAAUGUGGAGUAUUGUGUGACUGAAGAAAGUUUGAUGGAUCGCCUAACAACUGAUACGCAUGCAGCAUGUCUAUCAAUACCACAUUCUUGCAGGGUUUUGACUGUUCACGGUUCUAUGGAUGAAAUGGUACCAGUCGAAGAUGCCAAGGAAUUCUUCAAGUACAUAUCUAACACCAAAUUACACAUCAUAGAAGGAGCAGAUCAUGAAUACACUAAACAUCAAGAUGAGUUAGCUUCAAUAGUGCUCAACUUCCUAGCAGUUGAUCCGCAUGAGGACAAAGACAUGCCUUUGCAGUUUGCAUCGUGCACGAGAGAGAAAAAAUUUCAUUCUCGAUUCUGAUUCUCACCAGAGUUGGCUGAAAUGAAGAGCCCACCACCUGAAUGAAGGAAAUGGGUACUAAAAUUGGAUAUCGAACCUGUACUGUCAUUAUGAUCGGUCUUGUUUCUUCAUGUUGGACUCUCAGGGGAGCGAACUUUGUACCAGGAAUCAUUCAAUCUGCAUAAAUCGAUUCUUUUGGCACUUCUCUAAAUAGAGAAACUGCUUUUUGGAGUAUAAUUGCUUGUAGGGAGUGAGGCCAUGAACACUAUGUACACAAAAUUGAAAAAAUAGAACCCCCUUUUUACUA